AUAAUUUACCAAAAUCUAUUGAAGAUGCACCAUAUGAAAAUCGUAUUAAAUAUACUUCCACAGUAUUAAAUCAAAAUGGACUUUCGGCAAAAUUUCUAGAUUCUUGGACGAAAUUAUUACUUCGAGAAAAAAUUUCAGUUGAAAGAAUGCAAAGAUUGAAUGAAGGAAGAUUAUCAUGUGCUGAUUAUAAAUUAUCGAUUCCGAAUGGAACGGAUUUUGAAUCUUUAAGACAAGAAUUAUUUCAGUUAAGUAUGAAUCAUGGAACAGACGUGGCUCUUCAACCUGAUGAUGUAUUUAGAAGGCAUAAGAGAUUGGUUGUAUUUGAUAUGGAUUCUACUUUAAUACAACAAGAAGUUAUUGAUGAAAUUGCUAGAUUAGCAGGUGUGGUUCAUGAAGUGGCAGCAAUCACGGAAUCUGCCAUGAACGGUGAAAUUGAUUUUAAAGAAUCUUUAAGGCGUCGUGUUUCUUUAUUAAAAGGAACACCUGUAAGUGUUUUACAAACCGUCAAAGAUAAUCUCGUUUAUACGGAAGGUGCAAAAUCUCUUUGUAAAGCGUUAAAAAAAAUAGGAUUUAAAUUAGCCGUUAUCUCUGGUGGGUUCAUUCCCCUCGCUAGACACGUGAAAAAUGAACUUGGGUUAGAUUAUGCUUUUGCCAAUCAA